UCCAAACUUCCAAAGAAACCAAAGCAGCAGGCCGGCAGAGACCUUUCCCAAGAAGAAAGAAAUGGCGAAGCUAGUUCGAAGUCUCAAGACCGGGUUCCUGAACGUCGUCGGAGCUCUCAAGUGCGGCGGCCGACCAGCCACCGUCGAAGCGCCCAUCUCGCCGGCGCCGGCAUCUGCGGCCGGGAAGCUUGAUGGUGGUGGUGAUGAGGUGGUUUAUGUGCAAGAAGAAGCUAAUAAAGUCCAUUUCGUCGGUGGAGCUAAGGAAGAUCUUUAUGUCGGAGAAGCCGAGUAUGAAUCCGUCCAGGUUCUGAGAAUUGUCCAAAACAGAAACGUUGCAGUGCCCAGAGGCUCCAGGCCCGGAACCGGCUAGAUAUGGCGGUUGACUUUUUUCUGGUUUCUCGUCCAGUUUUUUUUUUUUUUUUUAAAUUUAAUCCCAAAAUAAAUUUGAAUUGAAUCUGAGUCGGGCAGUAUAAUAAAUAGUUUAUUUGUAAGUGUAUGUAAUACUACUAAUAGUAAAUAUGUAGUUUUAUUGCAUGUUGAGUGUGCAUGAAUAUACCGUAUUAUUGUAUGAUUAUAUCGUUGUAACUUGUAACCCUCCAAUUAAGGGUUAAUUAUCAAUAAUUGUACGUAUAGAUCAUCACAGCGUACUCGUGAUUUGUCAACAAUUAAGUAGAUUAAGAUGAAGGGCAGCCAGUUGUUGACUUUAAAUAAUGUCUCUGUUGAUUUUGAAUGAAACCUGAAUUAUUGG